AUGAGCGUGGCAAAGGCGUCGAAGCUGGUGGCCAUCGUUUGGGCUUCCAAGGGCGGCUUGGGAGAUGUGGGCAAGUUCGCUGCGAUGCAUGCAGCUGCCAAAGGCUCUGAGCAGCUGAGAUUUCGUGCUGUGGCGGUGUCUGAGGACGGCCAGGACAGCGGCAUCGAUGCCACGGAAGUGAAGCCGGCGGAACGCUUGGAGAAGGUGCAGGAGAUCUUGAAAGAUGUGGAGAUUCUGAAGCUGAACAUCAACAGUGACGAUGCUGAGGCGCAGUUGGCCCAGACCUUCCAGGGCUGCGACAGCGUCAUCGCCUGCCCAGGCAGCCGUCAGAGUGGCAUCGCACGCACCUGUGGCAUCGGAGCCCGGAAGGUGGUGGCAGCCAUGAAAACUGCGGAAGUGAAACGCUUGGUGGUGCUAUCUUCCAUGGGCAUUGGCGACGACUACUUGCCUGGCAGCUGCAUCAAGUACUUUUGGGGAUUUCUCCUCCGGGUGGUUUGGCCCAGCACCCGCCGUGACCUUCAAGAAAUGGAGGCCGUGGUGCGCAAUACCGACCUGGACUUUCUGCUGGUGAGACCCAUGGGCAUCGAUCCUGCGGAGCCUCAACGCGGGUCCUAUGCGCUGCUCACGGGCAGAGGCCAAGGAGCCUUGGAGAUCACUGUGGCCAAGGAGGAUGUGGCGUUGUUGCUGGGCAUAAGCGGCAUUUUUGGCUAUGAUGGCUGCGGCGUUUGUGGUUUCUUCUGGAGGAGGCUUUGGAGCCCAAACAUUCCAAAACAGCAGUCCAAGAUCCCCGAAGCUCUGGUGCUGCUAAUGUUGCGAACAUCCUUUGUCAAGUGUGACCAUCGGAAAGGACACCAAGGCCUUGGUGCUUUGACAGCGCGGCUGGAACAUUCUGGAUGCGCGGAAGUGCGUCAGGCACGCAUGGAACUGAUGCAGGAACGUGCGCGGCGUCAACGGCUCGCUGAAGAGCUCAAAGGCGCCAAGGAGCAACUCAGAAAGGCACGAGAUGAGCUGGACCUACAGCGAGACCGGGAUGCCCUUUUGGCAGAUUUUGAUGGUCCCAAAGGGGGCUCCGUUUGUCGAUCGAUUUGUGCGCUAUUUGGGCGCCGUUGA